CCUGCGUACCCGAAAACCGUGUGACGGAUGCCUUGCAUAGAAAAUAAGCUAUUUUUGGAAUAUCAAAUGUAUCCGUGUUAUACAUUCUAUGGGAAAUAAGAAAACUUGCAGGUGCGAGUGAAGGGGAGACACCGGCUGGACGCACGUGAAUUUCUCACUUAUCCAAAGCCAGGAAAUAGAAAGGAGGAACGCGUUGCCAGCAAGUGCCGCAAAUUGGACUUUCCACCAUCAGCAACCCUCCCUCUCCUCUCCUCUCUCUCCUCUUCUCUCUCUCUCUCUCUCUCUCUCUCUCUCUCUCUCUCUCUCGCCAUCCGUGCUCCUCCUCUGUAUGUCUCCCCACUUACUCCCAUCCAACCUCCUUCUCCCAGUCUCCUUUAGUGAUCCCAGAAUAGCCUCACGCCGGAGCGCUCUCUAAAUAUUAGUGGAGGGUUUUGGAUUUCGGGGUGACUUGGGAGUCGCUGGAGAUGGAUUAAAGAGACGGUGCACCGCGAAACUGGAGCAGCACACGCGACCACGCCGGGGGGGAAGGGGGCGACGGGACUCGGUGAAUUCACGGAGCCCCCGGGACAGAGGCUGUGACUGGUCCCACCCCAAGAUGACGUCCCCCAAAAACAAAGCCAAGAAGAAACCACCCAAAGACAGCAUGACGCUGCUGCCAUGCUUUUAUUUUGUAGAGCUCCCAAUCGUCCUGUCCUCCUUGGUGUCCCUGUACUUCCUGGAGCUGACAGAUGUGUUGUCCCCGGCGAUGGUGGGCUUCCGUUGCCAUGACCGUGACCUCUCCAUGCCGUACGUGGAGACGGGGGAUGAGCUCAUCCCUCUGCUGAUGCUGCUGAGUUUGGCCUUCGCUGGUCCUGCAGCGUCCAUUAUGAUGGGGGAGGGCCUGAUGUACUGUUUGCAGUCCAAACUGAAGACAUGUCCCAAGUCGGAGAGUAGCAUCAAUGCUGGAGGCUGCAGCUUCAACUCCUUCCUACGCAGAACCGUGCGCUUCGUCGGUGUUCAUGUAUUCGGUCUCCUGGCAACAGCCCUGGUGACAGAUGUCAUCCAGUUAGCAACUGGUUACCACGCCCCUUUCUUCCUCACCGUCUGCCAGCCCAAUUACACGGCCCCGGGAGUCUCAUGUGACAACAAUGCCUACAUCACACGGGACAUCUGCAUGGGCAAAGACCAGUAUGCCAUCAUGUCAGCGAGGAAAACAUUUCCAUCCCAGCAUGCAACGCUCUCUGGCUUCGCUGCUGUCUAUAUCUCCAUGUAUUUGAAUGCCAGCAUCAGCAGCACGACCAAGCUGCUGAAGCCUUUGCUGGUGUUUGCUUACUGCAUGGCGGCGGGCCUCGCCGGGCUGACGCAGAUAACUCAGCACCGCAGUCACCCAAUAGACGUCUACGUGGGAUACCUCAUAGGAGCCGGCAUCGGAGUCUACUUGGCUGUGUACGCAGUGGGAAACUUCAAAGCAUCAGACGAAGAUGCUCCCUCCUUACAGAGGCUGACCCCAGCUCAGCAGAAGGACGGCUUGAGGGUGCUGAGCCAGCGGAGUCAUGACUCCCUGUACAGGAAGACUCCCAGGGUGUCUGAGAGCAGAGAAGAGCUGGGGGCAGGGCUGGGAUCCGGGGCUCGCAGUAAGGUGAGGAGGGAGAAGGCGUCCCUGGCCUCCCUCAAACGAGCCAGUGCUGAUGUGGAGCUCCUGGCAACCCGGGGUCCAAUGGGCAAGGAGACCAUGGUCACCUUCAGCAACACCUUGCCCAGAGUCGCAAACGGCAACAGCCCCAUCUCCCCCUCAGACGAGCUGCCCACCACGCAGCGUCACAUGACUUUCCACGUGCCCUUCGACCCCCAGAGGUCUCGGCAGCUGGUGUCGGAGUGGAGGCAGCGCUCGCUGGAGGUCCGCAGCCAGAGCUCACGGGAUGAGGAGGAGGGAACGGACGGGAGGGAUGGAGGAGAUGAAGGAGCAGCAGCCGGAGAAGGAGAGCAGGAGAUGCCUUCCUCUCUUUAUCCCACAGUGCAAGCCAACAAGGGCACCGCCACACCGACCGGAGCCAGGAUGGUGGUGGCACCCCCACUCGUUCACAUCCCCGAGGAGGCCUCUCGGCCGCCGCCUGUCUCCCCCAAGAGUGCCAAGACCCGCGCCAAGUGGCUGUCGCUCACUGAGGGAGGGGUGAAGGAGCCGGGACCAGGGCCGAUCGCCGUGUCGACACCCCGUGUGCCCAACACGCAGCCCAACCAGCCGCCCAGCCAGCAAAGAGUCACUCAGGUGAUAGCCAUGUCUAAGCAGCAGGGUCACGGAGUCUCUUCGUCCACCAAGGCGUCAGAAGGUGGAUCCUCCUCCGGUGGUGGAUCCAACAGCUCCGAGUCGCCCUAUUACCGGAUCCCAUCCGAUCGUGACAGCUGCACUGGGAGCAACCCAGGGAGCAUCGGCGGAAGCGGGAGCAUCGUCACAAUCGACGCUCACGCCCCUCACCACCCAGUGGUGCGUGUGUCGGCCACUAACGGCAAGCCGUGGGAGUGGAGAAACACCAUCAGCGGGAACAUGAUGGCCACCGACACGGCAGGGGAACAACACCGCGUGGCGCUGCAGCGACAGGACAAUGUCAAUCACUACCGGGACUACCGGACGCUCCCGGUGAAAACGGACUCGCUGUGCUCCUCCUCGGCCAGCGGCAGCGUCGAAGGAGGACCGGAUCUGCCUCCCCCACCCCUCCCCACCUGCUCCUCCCCUCUGCCUCCCCCUCCUCAGCUGUCAUCCCCUCUACCGCCACCGCCUCCUCACUCGUCUCCUUCCCCCUUGCCUCCCCCUCCUCACCCGAGCUCCUCCCCAAUGCUUCCUCCUUUCCCUCACCCUGCCUCCUCUCACAUGCCUCCCCCUCCUCACCUGUCCUCUCAGAUGCCCCCACCGCCCCUCCCGUCGUCCUCCCAAAUGCCCCCGCCUCCUCACCCAUCCUCCUGUCAAAUGCCCCCGCCUCCUCACCCAUCCUCCUGUCAAAUGCCCCCGCCUCCUCACCCAUCCUCCUGUCAAAUGCCCCCGCCUCCACAUCCGUCCUCUUCCCCUUUGCCGCCACCGCCUCACCCCUCAUCCUCCAUGCCUCCACCUCCCCACCCGUCCUGCUCCAGCAUGCUUCCCCCUCCUCCCCAUCCCGACUUGCUGAUGGAUGGCCACAGCCAGGCCCUGUCCCGCUCCUCCACCCUGCCUCGUCGGCCCUCUGUCUCCGCCCGCAGCCACGCCGAGCAGGAGCACUACUACAAGGCCAUGCAGAAUGAGCGCAUGUUAUAGUAAAGGCACCAUUGUCAUACCAAUGAUUGUACUUCGGAAGACUCGGCUGAAAGAGACGGUGAAACAAAGUAGGUUGUGGCAGGUGAAUAGAGAUUUAUGACUUUUGAAAAAUGACAAAAAGGUUUAGAGACUCUGAGACCAGAGCAGCAGCUUGGGUCAAAAUGCUGGACAUGAAGAGGCAGCGGGGGAUGGGGGACCAUUGGGAGGUCUGGCAGCUCACACACACUCAGCAGGGGAUCUGAUUUUCUCCUGCUAACACGUACUGCCCACAGCGCUGGCUCAACAGCUCUGACUGGGAAAAGAACAGACGAGAAAGGGGAGACAAAAAAAGAGCCGGGUGAAGAAUAGCAAAAAAACAACUAGUUUCAGCAUGCACAUCCUCCGUGUUUCUAUAAGACACAUUCAGAGAAGGAGUGGAAGAGGCUGCAGCUGAAAGAGAGAUAUCACAAUGAACGGUCUGGGAUUUGCUAAAUCAAGUUUCCCUUGAGAGGGGGGAUAAGACUGAGAAAACAAAACAACUACAGGCAAUACUAGCUCUCCUUCAACUAGUGCAGCCUUUUGAGGCUGCCAGCCAUUACACACAGAGAAUUUUCUGUUGUAACCAGUCGAAAAACGUGUGCUUUAAAGCACCCAGAAGCUACGAAUAAAGAAAAUAAUGCAGUAAUGUUAAAGCUUUAUUGCGUAACUUUUUUUUAUAUUAAUGAAUGUCUGUUACAUUCAAGCCAUUGCCAAAUGAGUUGAUACAAAGCCAAUUAAGACAGCUUCACACAACUCUCUGUAUUUCUCAGCAUGGCUGUGUUUAGAAAUUGGUUUCGUCCGGUGAGAAAUGACCUCUUCUGAAGAGUCCAUCAUGUUUUUUUAAUCCUCCGUGUCCUCCUUGGAUACUAGCAACUGCGUGGAGGAGGGGUGGGGGCACGUGCACAAUUACGGAAGGCUUGUGUCAUGUGGAUACAACAGUGGUGUUGUCAUCACUUAGAAUUCCUCAUGGGAUUCCUCAUGGGGGCGACAGAAACUACGCACUAUAGCUUUCAGUUCAACCACAGGUUCAAGAGUAUUAGCCACAAACCACAAAAAAUGUCUUUUUACCCCUCUGAGUACACAAACCAAAUGGGGAAAUUUCUGUUUGACGCCAAGCAAAUCUGUCAGUAUCCACCAGAGAGAGCCAGCUUAGGAAGCGUUGCUUCUGGUUGGGGUGUAAGAAGAAGGAGGAGGAGAAGUGGGCAUAAGGAGGAUCACGCACAGUUGGGCACCCCGAUACAGACGUCACUGAAUGGAUUACUGUUGUAAACAUGAGAGGCGGUGGAAUGGAAAGAGAAUUGUUCCUAAAGUGAAGAGGAUGGCUGGGAACAGUGAGCCAGGCAGCCAGCCUGUCUUUGCUGUGUGCAAAACCUGCCACGGAGCCUGAAGCAGCACUAAGGAGAUUAACGUUUGUUUAUCAAACCAUGCUAGCAAAGUCUUCCCUCCGUAGCCCUUCGCAUUUGGCCCUCUGGCACACAGUGGUCACGGGACUGUUAAUGGGAAGCUGCCCAGCCAGCAGUGCGGCACGCCAUCACCACCGACAUGCACUUCGACUCGAGCGGGUGCCGGUUGGAUGCGAAGAAGUGGCUUGUGUUGCUAGCGGUCUCUGAUUGUAGCUGUUAGCAUUUCAAAGAUUUUGGUACCACUUUCUAACUAUGCAUAUUUUAUAAGGGGUUUAUGAGUUGUUGCUUUAUUAAUGAGCCUUUAUUUAUGCUUUAUAGAUCGGUACUAAAACGUUCUUAAGAACUUUUGGGUUGUCAGGUUGUAAAAUAUCUUUCAUUGUUGUACAUUUAAUUCAAUUCAAUUUUAUUUAUAGUGUCAAAUCAUAACAGAAGUUAUCUUAGGACACUUUACAAAUAAAGUAGGUCUAGACCACACUCUAUAAUUUACAAAGACCAAACAAUUCCCCCCCAAGAGCAACCAUUUGGUGCAACAGUGGCGAGGAAAAACGUCCUUUAAACAGGCAGAAACCUCAGGCAGAACCAGGUCUUUUGGUGGGCGUCUUUUUAUCUAGCUAUUUCCUUUUUUUAGAAGGUGCUCUGCAGGAAGACUAAAUAAUGUUUACAAUAUUUACAACUCCAGUCUUACAAUGCUUUAGUCUUCCAUCCAUCCAUUAUCUAUACCCGUUAAUCCGAGUCACGAGAGAUCGCCAAGUCUGUCUCAGGGCUACCCAUUUUUAAGUAUGCCUUAUUAGAAAGUGAUACCACUAAACAGCCAACCAACACCAUGACGGGGCAGUAAAUCCAUAAAAAUAUGUUGACAAAACAAUCUUGACUAAAGGUCCACUUGCUUGCUCUGGAGCUUUUACACAGUCCUCGUCUGGAGAUGAUGUCUGCUGGAUGUUCAGACAAACUAUGGGCAAACAACAUCUGCUGAUGAGGUCUAUGCAAUGCAGUCAAAAGGUCCAGAACAAGCAAGAUUGUUUUGUCAACUGCUGUUUCAUACAGUAGGUCAAGAAAGAGCUUACAACUCAAAGGUUUGCAUCUAGGUUUUGACAUUUUUAGACAAAGCGAUUAACCGUAGAAUGAAUCUAAUUCUUUAUCGUUAAUUAAAAUAUUGCAGCCCUUUAGAAAUACGCUUCCAACAUCUACAAGUUGAGAGGAAAUGUGUGUUCUUCCUGCUCACCUCUGCCUCUUGUGUGUAUUUAUACUAUGUUGUAUAAAGUCGUUAUCUGGUACCUAUCAUUUCAUACAUCCAAGUUUUUUUCUAACUAUCCGAAGAUAUUCCGUCAAAUGACAAGUGCUUUAUUUAAGAUUGUACCUUGAUCGUAUUUAAACGAGAAAUACAGACUCACAAACGCACAGAUGACAUAGUUGGCACCACAACAACUGAAGGGUUCAUGAACUGAUUUUGUUUAGUUGUGCUAGAAAGGGCCGAGGUAAAUGGAACAAGUUGUAUUUUGUAGUGGAGCUCCUCCGAUGAGGAGCUGGUAGAUAAUGUUGCUCGUCGGUUUGUGCUGCAUGUGUGUAUGAUCGUGUUUUUUUAACUUCUGUGCUUCAAGUCUGUGCCGUUACCUUUGACAGACAGACAUGCUGCAUCUUUCAGUGCUGGUGAUUAUCGUACUACUUUCCCCCAUUUUGACUGUAAAAAAAUACUUGAUAUUACCUAAUAUUAUUAAUACUAUUAUUAUUCCGCAGUCCUCUUUUAUGGGCUAAUGUUUUCUAUCUGUGGUGAUGUGUAACAUUAAUAACCCGAUUGAAUAAAAAACGAAGACUUCUUAA